AGCUCAGCUGAUAAUAGGUUUGCAAACGUCAAUCUUGUAAAUUUACUUUGCGAUUAAAUAAAAGCAGAACAAUUGUUUUGAAUAUAAAUUUAAAUAACAUUGUAAAUACUGCAUGGAUUUGUCGUGUGAAAUCGUUGAUGAUUAUGACCAUAUAGACAAUGAUAUUGAAUACAUUUUGGAAAACGUUCUCAGCGAGGAAGUUCAAAGUAAUAUUAAUCGCCGUGAAGAAUUCAUACAUCUACAACAGAUUUUUAACACCCUUUUACUAAAUAAGUGUGAAUGUUGUGAAAGAGUUCAACCGCAAUGUUCCAAUUGUAUACAUGGUUCUAACUACAGACAUGACGAAACAUUCCAAGAACUUGUACUUUGCAGUUCUUUAAACAUACCAGAUUUAAUAUACGAAUGUACUCAUAUGUGUACCUGCAAGCCUGAAAAAUGCAAAAAUCGUUUAGUGCAAUUCGGUCCGCGAAAGUUUUUAAAAAUAGUUGACUCUGCAAAAUAUCGCUCGAAAGGUUUAAUAACUACCCGAGACAUACCCAAAGGGGCAUUUAUUUGUGAAUAUGCUGGAGAAUUGUUAACAAUACAUGAAGCCAAACAAGUUUUAAGAAAAAACGAUAUAGAACAAAAAAUGAAUUAUGUUUUGAUUUUAAAAGAAUCAUGUUUACCUUCAUAUGCCAACAAUAAUGACAAGGAAAUAUUGACCAUUGUGAAUCCCAGUAAGAAGGGAAACAUUGGACGUUAUUUGAAUCACAGCUGUGAACCAAAUUGCCAAAUUGUUAGUGUUCGGAUUGAUUGUCCAAUACCUAAAAUUGCAAUUUUCUCAAGACGGUACAUCAAUGCUGGUGAAGAAAUUUGUUUCAACUAUAGUGAAGGCAUAAAUUACAGUAAAACUGAAAAUACAUCAAAUAACGAUAAAAUUCCAUGUCUUUGUGGAUCUAAAAAUUGUUUACAAUAUUUGCCAAAUUCCGAUUUUCUAUAAAUAUGUAUAUAUAUUAGUGUUCUCAUUCGAACAAAAAUUAUUCGAUUAAUAUUACAAAGAUUUACAUUAAUUUUUGUUUGUAAAACGAAUACUAAAUCAAAAGAUAUGUCAUAAUUGAAACAAAUCUUUUACUACUUUUUGCAAUUUAUAACAAUUUCUGUUUUGCAAUGUUAACCGUCUUGUCUAUACCCGAGCAAAAUUACGUACAUCAAUACCCAACAUACUCGGGUAUGUCAUGCUAUUUAUAUGGCUAUUUCAUCUUUUUAUACAUUUCUAGUGUAUAAUUCAGAUAAUUAUUAAAACUAAUUUAAUAAAAUGUCUGUAUAUAUAAAUUAAAUAGUUUUUAAUCAUAAACCAUUAAAUUUUAGUAAUUUCUUUUAAGUUUUCUUAUUGCUUUCCUAUUAACAAAAAUAUCUUAUGCAAAAAAAAAAAAAAAUAAAGAAAAACGCCUUCGAAUAGCAUUAAAGAAACUGUUUUUGCAUUCGUAAGUAGGGAAGUUUUUUGCAAAAACAGAUUGCUAAGUCACGGUCAAAAAUUAAAAUUUUAAAAUUUAAACUUUGUUUAUAGAGAAUAAAAUUAUUUUAAUCAA